AUGCAGAGAGUCACAAGUAACUCGAUUCGACUCGGACCAACGCAGAUCUUGGAAGCUGCGUGCGCUGCCCGCGACCUGGCGAGAGUGGAGGAAGCGAUGUUGACAGUGAUGCGUGCGGGGCGGUCUGAUCCCCAAGACGAUGAGCUACUCAGCACCGCGGCGAAAGUCGUCUGGGACAUUGUGAGCGACAGUGGGACGGUGGAUGAGCGAGAGAGAGCUAAACUUACUAUCCGAAGGGCGGUGCAAUGGCUCGUGGAGGAGGCCGGUAAUCUCGAAGGUGCCUACUCACUAGCACAUAUCACAAGCGAUCGCGUCACCUUGGAGGAUGUACUCGUAGGCGCAGCACGAGGCCGGAAGUACAAUCCCAGUGCCGCUCGAGUCAUGGCAGUGGUGCGAGAACGUCUUGAUGGAGUGUAG